GCAGCCAUGGCAGAACCUCAGUCCACGUCUGGCCUCACUGACGAGGCCGGCCUCACUGACGAGGUCGCCCUCAGUUGCUGCUCCGACCCGGACCCUAGCACCAAGGAUUUUCUGUUGCAGCAGACCAUGCUGCGAAUUAAGGAUCCUAAGAAGUCACUGGAUUUUUAUACUAGAGUCCUUGGAAUGACGUUACUUCAAAAAUUAGAUUUUCCUACUAUGAAUUUUUCACUCUAUUUCUUGGCUUAUGAGGAUAAAAAUGACUUCCCUAAAGAUAAAAGAAAAUUAGCAUGGGUAUUCUCCAGAAAAGCAACACUUGAACUGACACACAAUUGGGGUACUGAAAAUGAUGAGACUCAGAGUUACCACAAUGGCAAUUCAGACCCUCGGGGAUUUGGUCACAUUGGAAUUGCUGUUCCUGAUGUAUAUGGAGCUUGUAAAAGAUUUGAAGAACUGGGAGUCAAAUUUGUGAAGAAACCUGAUGAUGGUAAAAUGAAAGGUCUGGCAUUUAUUCAAGAUCCUGAUGGCUACUGGAUUGAAAUUUUGAAUCCAAACAAAUUGACAACUAUUUAGUUCAUGAGAAUGCUCCUUUAAGAUGUCAGUGAAGAUGGAGAAAAGACAGGACACAAUAUGAUUCAAGAUAUUCAGAUACCAGAAGCAUCUAGAACCAAUGGAUCAUUGUUCAAAUUCAAAUUA